UCUUGAUUUGGGUUUUCUCCACUCUGUGAGUUUUAUCCUAGAGUGGUAUGGGCACCACCGGUACCACUUAUCUAAUUGGCUAUCACAGCUUGGCUUGACCGUUCUAAUACGUCUGCUAGUUUAAGCAGACAAAAUUUUUCCUAUAAUUGCACAGAAAGGGCUGAGAAGCUUUCUGAUAAAGAAACAAACUCAGCAACAAAUUUUCCCUAUCCAUCUUUUCUAUUUCUUUUCCUAUUAACGUUGCUUUAUUGCCUAUACUUAUGGAUCCUGCAAGAAUUUCCCUCCGUCCCUUUAAGCUUUCCGAUGUUGAUGAGUUCCUGAAAUGGGCCAGUGAUGAUAGAGUAACUCGAUAUCUAAGAUGGAACACCAUGACCUCCAGGGAAGAAGCUUUAAAAUAUAUUGAAAAGGUUGCCAUGCCCCAUCCUUGGCGUCGGUCCAUAUGUUUGGAUGAUCUGUCAAUCGGAUACGUAUCCAUUAGGCCAGAAUCUGGGGAUGGUGGAUGCAGAGCUCAUGUUGGCUAUGCAGUAGCCACAGAAUACUGGGGACAAGGGAUAGCCACAACUGCAUUGAAGAUUGCAGUGUCAAGUGUGUUUAAAGACUUUCCUGAUUUGGUCAGGCUUGAAGCCCUUGUUGAGGUAGGGAAUAAUGGGUCUCAAAGGGUACUUGAGAAAGUAGGGUUCUUGAAAGAAGGUUUGUUAAGGAAAUAUGGGUAUUGUAAAGGUGAAAUCAGAGAUAUGAUUAUCUACAGUUUCUUAUCAACAGACAUGGUUCUGUAAUUGACGUGGCUGUGAAUGCCAACUUCUUCUUUUUAAGCUCUUUUCUUAGGCUGAUGCAAUUUGAGGUACACUAUAAUGCUCAUUAGUAAAAUUAAGAAUGCCACUUUUUGAUCUAUCCUAGCAAUGACAAGCAAUCAAACUAUUCUUUUAAUAUUUGAUUACAAACAAUCAAACUUACAGGAUCAUUACAAAGAAGACUGUUAUGGACUUUGGAGAACCACAAAACUUUGGAGAACCACAAACUUUUGAGGAAACAGAGAACUUAACUCAAAGAUUUUAAGGUCAAUUUUGCUUUGCUUUGAAUGGUGAGCAAGGAAAAUACCAAUUGAAUCUCUCUCUAUCUUUUUAGAGAGAGAUUUUUCUCUUAACUAUUCUUAGAGUUUUAGCUUUUUCUCAAGCUGGCCAAUCGUGGCUUCUAGCUAGCUUCUUCUAUCCUUAAGUAGGGAAAAACUUCCUAUUUAACUCUGGCUGGGACAUGGGUUUCCUUCCCCUUUGAUGUUUUAGGUUUGUUUUUGUUGAUCUCAGAGAGGGAGAAAUGCAAGAGAUCGGUUUCCAAGAGAGCUGGUGUGUUGAAGCUGUGUUGGUUUUGCAGGUUUCUUAGGUUUAGAAAUUGUUGCUGCUUGGUGGGAGAGGUUCAUGCAUGUCUAAGGCAUCGGUAUUUUUAAGGCUAAAGUCUUCCUUUCUGAUUAAAUGUGUUCCCCUAAGUCUAUUACAGAUUGAGAGGCUGAUAAACUUUACCGCGCCACUCUCUUGAUCAAGUAAGCGGUGCUGAUUUUGAAAGAGACCGCGAUCAGAAGCCGUUUGGGACUGAAUUCCAAUAGUCUUUAGGUUCAAGCAGCUUUCUAUUCUUCUAGAUGAUGAUCAUUUUUCCCUCUUUAUCAGUAGUGACUGAUCCUCUUUUUCUCAUCUAAAUUUUUUAAGUAUUUAUGUUAAGACUUUUGCAUUAAAUUAUGGUUGUUUUGUCCUGAA